UUAGCUAAACCUCCUAAAUCUUCCUCACCGUCUGAUCUUCGCGUAUCUGAAUAUAUAUUGUCUCUAUCAGUUGCUGGUGGAGAUUUGCCGCCUGUAGAGUCUUUCUCUCUCUAAAAACCCUUUUACUUCUCUCUCUAAAAGACAUUAUCCAGCAAAGCUUUUGCAGCAAUCAAGCUUCCACUUAAGAGAUAAAAGCAGCGUACAGACAAUUGAUUGAGAGAGAGAGAGAGAUAAUAUUAUUAUUAUGGCAUGUCUGUGUUUGCUUCUUAUUUAACCCUAUUUUUGUUGGGAUGAUCUGAUCUCUCUCUUCUUUUGUUUCCGUAACCUUUCUAACGAUUAUUUUGUUGGAUUUCACUUCAAUUCCCGAGAAAAACUUUUGUUCUUUCCUGUUUCUUUCUAUCUUUCUGUGUUCUUUUGUCUGAUACUGUGCUUUUACACAAAAGUUGAUAGAUGUUAUAGCUUAAAGUGUUGCUUGUCUUAAAGUCUUAAAGUUUGUCGCAACCAGAUCUAAAUAUUGCAGGAGUUUGCACUCGAUUAGGGCAUACUGUACCGGAUUGUCAAGGUUUUCGAUCCUUGAAAGAGUAUGAAUACCUUUUCGCAUGUUCCACCGGGAUUUAGAUUCCAUCCAACAGAUGAAGAACUUGUUGAUUACUAUCUCAGGAAAAAAAUAGCAUCAAAAAGGAUUGAUCUUGAUGUCAUCAAAGAUGUUGAUCUUUAUAAAAUUGAGCCAUGGGAUCUUCAAGAAUUGUGCAAAAUAGGAACAGAUGAUCAGAAUGAAUGGUAUUUCUUCAGCCAUAAAGAUAAGAAGUAUCCAACUGGAACUCGCACUAAUAGAGCCACAAAAGCUGGGUUCUGGAAGGCAACAGGAAGAGACAAGGCUAUCUAUUCUAGGCAUAGCUUGAUUGGCAUGAGAAAAACCCUAGUUUUUUACAAAGGCCGAGCCCCAAAUGGACAAAAAUCUGACUGGAUCAUGCAUGAAUAUCGGCUAGAAACAAACGAAAAUGGAACCCCUCAAGAAGAAGGAUGGGUAGUAUGCAGGGUGUUCAAGAAACGACUUCCGACAGUGAGGAAAGUCGGCGAGUAUGACUCUCCAUGUUGGUACGAUGAACAUGUCUCAUUCAUGCCGGAUCUCGAAUCUCCGAGGCGGAUUACUCCUCCUUACACAACCUACCUCCACCACUAUCCAUGCAAACAAGAGUUCGAAUUGCAACAUAAUUAUAAUAUGCCUCAUGACCCUUUUCUCCAGCUUCCUCAACUAGAAAGCCCUAAAGUUCCAUAUGGAAGCACUUUACAAUCCUCAACUGUUACGCAUGAAGAACAAACCAAUCACCAAAAUUUGAAUUCAAAUUCAGUACUUUAUCAUAAUAAUCACAAUGGUGAGCAAGCGGUUGAUCAAGUUACGGAUUGGCGAGUUCUUGAUAAAUUUGUUGCAUCUCAGCUAAGCCAUGAGGAGGCUUCAAAGGAAGGCAAUUACUCUUCAAAUGCUGCUACGGGAACGUUUAAUGUGGCUGAAGAGAUGAACUUGCUUGCUAAUGAAGCUAAGAGGUCAGAACUUGUGCAGGAAUAUGCGUCGACUUCAACAUCUAGCUGCCAAAUUGAUCUAUGGAAGUGACUGAAUCAAAUCAAAUCGAAGCAUAUAUAUAUUAUAUUUACUAGAGGAUGCGUACUAAUUAAUAGGUAUAUUAUAGUUCUUAUAUGAUUAAAAAAGGUCGUGACGAUGGUGAUGAAGAUGAUGAUGGAAGAGGCUGUACAUAAUAAAACAAAGAUGGUAUUUGCAUCUAGCUGCCAUUGGACUUAUUAUGUCCAUCAUAUACAUAUAAAUAUAUAUAUCGGUGAUGAGUAGAAGGAUCAUCUACCAAAUAGAGUGCAAAAUGCAAAACGCAAAUAAGUUAGCACUCUGUGUAUAAAUUGUUGAGCUCUACCUUGGGGACUGCUCAGCUAUUGGAAAUUGAAUGUAUCUUGCCUUCAAAAUUCUGAUUUGAAGGUUUUUUUUAUGUUGUAACUUUUUUCUCUCUUAUGUAGACUAUAUAUAUUAAACGAAAUUAUAUAGCACUAAAUUAAAGCAAGGGUUUUAAUUCCUGCCAUUUUUUUUA